UCUGAAAUUUACGUGAAACCAGAUCCCGAUUACCUGAAAUUUGUGUCCAAUGCGACGGAAUUUCCCGAAGUAGAUUACUACGACUACAUAAUCGUCGGCGGCGGAACGGCCGGUUGUCCACUCGCUGCCACAUUAUCAAGCAAAUUCCGAGUUCUUGUUCUUGAACGCGGCGGCGUUCCUCAUGGAAACUCCAAUCUGAUGUCUCAGGAAGGAUUCUUGACGACUCUUAUGGACGACGUCCACUCACGUAACUCCCCCGUGCAAGCAUUCACCUCAGAAGAAGGAGUUCCCAAUGCCAGAGGACGCAUCCUCGGUGGCAGUAGUGCCAUUAACGCUGGCUUCUACAGCCGAGCUGAUCAAGCCUUCUUCAAAAACUCACAACUCAAAUGGGACCUCGCCAUCGUCAAUCAAUCCUACGAAUGGGUUGAAAAGGAAAUCGUGUUCAAACCAAAUCUCAAGAACUGGCAAUCCGCCGUUCGCGACGGAAUGGUCGAAGCUGGAAUAAUUCCGUACAACGGCUUCAGUUUAGACCAUGUAAUGGGAACCAAAAUCGGGGGCUCUACAUUCGACGAGUUAGGCCGACGUCAUAGCGCCGCCGAUCUUCUCUCUCACGCGACGCCGUUCAACAUCAAAGUCGCCAUCUACGCCAACGUUGAGAGAAUUCUGUUAGCUUCCACAGUCAAACGAAGACCAAAAGCAAUCGGUGUUCUUUAUCGUGACCAAAUCGGCACGUAUCAUCACGCUAUGCUACACGCACGUGGAGAAGUAUUCUUAUCAGCAGGCGCAAUCGGAAGUCCGCAAUUACUGUUACUCAGUGGAAUCGGAUCGCGUCCAUAUCUCUCAUCUUGGGGCAUUCCAGUAGCUCAUCAUUUACCCUACGUCGGCCAUUACCUCUACGACAACCCUAGAAACGGAAUUUCCAUUUUAGCGCCGAUGCCAUUGGAGCAGUCUCUAAUUCAAGUAGCCGGAAUUACAGAAUCAGGAACAUACCUUGAAGCAGCAUCAAACGUCAUCCCGUUCACCUCGCCGCCGAGGUCAUUUUUCAUCAGAACACCAUCGCCGCCGGUGUAUCUGACGGUGGCGACACUAAUGGAAAAAAUAACCGGACCGGUUGCCUCCGGCUCGAUGCGGCUGGCGUCGACGGACGUAAGGGUGAAUCCGGUGGUGCGAUUCAAUUACUUCGGAAACGCGGUGGACCUGGAGAGGUGUGUGAACGGGACAAGGAAGAUUGGAGAGAUUCUACGGAGCCAGGCGAUGGAGGGGUUCAAAUUCAGGGAUUGGUUCGGGAGGAAGGAAUUCCGGUACGUGGGGCCGGCUUAUCCGGAGAAAGAAGAUGAAGAUGGGUUGGUGUUGAGGGAAUUCUGCCGGCAGAGUGUGAGCACGAUAUGGCACUACCAUGGCGGAUGUGUGGCGGGGAAAGUGGUGGAUUCUAAUUAUCGGGUUAUUGGAAUGGAGGCGCUGAGAGUUGUGGAUGGCUCGAUUUUUGGGGUUUCGCCAGGUACUAAUCCUCAAGCUACGGUUAUGAUGCUUGGACGACAUGUCGGUUUGCAAAUUAUCAACCAACGCUCUGCUGUUACGACGCAUCGUGUAGUAUAUUAGUGUAUGCUCUAAUAGUCUAAUUCUUUCUUUCUUUCUUCUUUUUUCCUCACGGGGAUGAUAUUUUCUUACCAUAUAUUCUUCUAUAAAUCUUCUGUUUUGUGAUU